AUGGCAACCAAAUUAUCCGGCGUGUUUACAAUCACGAAUACCUUUCAUUCCAAUAGAGUGGCGAUGGUGAACGAUAAUGAUGCAGAACCUUUGUUCUGCAUUGUUCCGCUACUGGAUCAGGUGCCUAAAGCGGAACUGUGGAGAUUGAUACCUGGUACUGCCGGUCGACAUCAACUUCAAAACAUGGGGUUUAAAGAUCCACAGUUCGCGCGUCCCUCGCACGGUGUAGAUCCCCAAGUAGUGGUUGCGUCGACCAUCAAGUGGUGGUGGUUUAUUGAGAGAGCGGAAGGAAGGGGAUCCAAACCCGAUACCUAUAUUAUCCGGCAAUAUGAUAAAAGAGACUUGUGUUGGCAUCUUAGUGACGAGAGACAUGAGACUCCGAUAGACCUUUUAUCCGACUCCGGGGAUCGUCGAAACAUUUGGGAGAUCUUGCCGCAUGCCGAUCUCGAAACGGAUGCUCGCACAAAUAGCGAACAGCUUAUCUGCGAUGAAUCAAUUCCUCCUUCAUCAACAGCCUUGUCUAAGUCAUUAUCUGACUCAUUGGCGAAUGUCAAACCCGCCAUUGACGCAAAUAGAGACAUCAAUGCGUCCAUCUUAUUAGCAUUAUACAUCCUAAAGCAUUUAUCUGAGGUUGGCCAUCAAUCUAUUAUCUACCGUGGACUUGAGACUCAUGGCCACUGGACAGAUGACUCAUGUUCAUCUCUCUCAUCAUCUUCAACUUUUGGACCAGUUCGCACAUGUAGCGGGGAAUAUUCCGUCGCCAAGGCGAGUAUUACUCAUUGUGAGGAAGCCCUACUCUACCUCACGAAUCCUCACUGCGAUAGACCACAUCCGCGCCUCUUCGCGCUCAUUAUUGGAAUUGACAAGUAUAAAUCGACAUCUAUCGCGGACCUAUCGGGCGCGGUCCGUGAUGCCGAUGCAGUUCGAGAUUACCUCCAAGAGCAGCUUGGGGUUCCAGAAUCGCAGAUCCGGAACCUCCGCGAUAGUCGGGCUACGCGGUCUGCGAUCCUCCGCGGAUUUCAUAUAUUCUUGGAUGACGAGCGCAUCCAGAAAGGAGAUCCCAUCCUGAUAUACUAUGCUGGACAUUAUGCGACGUCUACCGGACCAGCGGACGGGGGAGCUGCAGAAACCAAGAUCCAAUCCUUGGUCCCGUACGAUCUGUCUAGCCUUGGCCCCAAAAGUCGCAAAGUCCAUGGAAUCCCACAUCGCACGUUGGACGCUCUGCUCAUACAACUCGCAGCAGAAAAGGGUGACAACAUUUGCGUCAUCUCAGAUUCCUGCCAUUCCGGCUCUAGCACGUUUGCUGGUAAUGGCGAGCCUACUCACCUGGAUGGACGCAUUGAGGUCGAGGCGAUCCCCUCUGACCUAGAUGAAGAUAUACUCAGUAGAUUCCAACCCGAAGAGGUCGCAACGGCAACCGUCACAACUCUUUCCUGCAGUGGCCUUCGAUGUCAAGUACUCCUUGUCACAGAUGGUGCGCAACGGCAUGCUAUGGAGACGGGCAAAAGAGAGCGCUUCGCGAAGACACCGAUCGAUGCCGCUGUGGAAGAUGAAAUGCCCAAAUUUCCAGACGCCGUCCAGCGGAUGCCCAGCCUACAUGCAGGAGUCCAGCCAUCUCAUCGAGAAACAGUCCGCGGCCUCCUAAUCAAGGAGCAAAGGAGUACACGCGGUACGAAGUCAAAGACCGGCAACGCGAAAAUAGACGAGGCGGCGCAUGAUAAGAGACAGCAGGAGGUCGAUAGAGGGAGGCGAAGGGAAGGAGAACAGGAGAUACUUGCCCCCGUACUCGACCAGGGUAUCGACCUCGCUGACAUGAACAGAUUAAUACUGAUGCAUGAGCAUGCGGUCCGAACCACUCCAGACGGUGACCCCAACAAGCCUUUUCGUUUGAAUAAUCUCGGAUGCUCAUUGUUAACUCGCUUCAUGCGACUGGGCAGUCUCGAAGACAUUCGAAGGUCGAUAUCGAUGCUGGAAGAUGCCGUACGGCUUUCUCCUGAUGGAGAUCCUGAAAAGCCCUCUCGUUUGAGCAAUCUUAAAAGCUCGCAGUCGGCCCUCGAACGGUUGGAAAAUAUUGACAGACCAAUAUCGAGGCGCAAAGGUGCUGUACGGCUGUCUCUGGGCGAUGGCCCUGCUAAGCCUCAUCGCUUGAUGGAAACCCAGUCAUCUCGCCCAGAAAUAGUCCGUGAUCUCUCAAAUAACGAGCACAGAAGUACCAAACCAGAGCUUAGCGUUGAGGAAGGAAAUGACAUGGCGCAUGAUAAGAGACAGCGGAAGGCGAGGAGAGGGAAGCAGAGAGUGAAGGAACAGGAUGUACUCGCUCCUGUCCUCGACCGGGGCAUUGACCUCGCUGACAUGAACAGAUCAAUCAUGAUGCAAGAGCAUGCAGUCCGGUCCAUUGUAGACGGUGACCCCAGCAAGCCUUUUCACUUGAACAAUCUUGGGCGCUCGCUGUUGACUCGCUUCAUGCGGUUGGGCAGCCUCGAGGACAUUCACAGGUCAAUAUCGAUGCUGGAAGAUGCCAUACGGCUUUCCCUUGAUGGAGAUCCCAACAAGCCUUCUCGUUUAGACAACCUGGGACGCUCGCAGUCGGCCCUCAAGCAGCUGGGAAAUUUCAAGGACAUUGACAGGGCGACAUCAAGGCAUAAAUAUGCUGUACGGCUGUCUCCUGACGGUGGUUCUGACAAGCCUCAUCGCUCGAUGCAAGUCCAAUCAUCUUAUCUAGAAACAGGCUAUGAGCCCUCAACCAACGAGCGAAAGAGUACUGAAUCAGACAACAGCGACGAGGAAGGAAAUACUGAAUCGGAGAACAGCGACGAGGGAGGAAAUACUGAAUCAGAGAGCGACAGGGAAAGAAGUAGAGAAUCAGAUAUCAGCGUCAAGGAAAUAGAAGAGACGGCGCGGGGCAGGAGACAGCAGAAGGCGGGGAGAGGGAAGCAGAGAGCAGAGGAACAGGAGACGCUCGCCCCCGUGCUUGAUCAGAGCAUCGACCUUGCUGACAUGAACAGAUCAAUAAUGAUGCAAGAACAUGUAGUUCGGUCGACUUCCGACAAUGAUCGUAACAAGCUUGUUUGUUUGAACAAUCUUGGACGCUCGUUGUUGACUCGCUUCAUGCGGCUGGGCAGCCUCGAGGACAUUCACAGGUCGAUAUCGAUGCUGGAAGAUGUUGUUCAGCUUUCUCCUGAUGGUGACCCCAACAAGCCUUCUCGUUUGGACAAUCUUGGGUGUUCACUAUUGGCCCGCUUCGCGCGGCUGGGCAGCCUCGAGGAUAUUCACAAGUCGAUAUCGAUGCACGAAGAUGCUGUACAGCUUUCUUCUGACGAAGAUCCCGACAAACCUUCUCGUUUAGACCAUCUUGGAUGUUCGUUAUUGGCCCGCUUUGAGCGGCUGGGCAACCUCAAGGACAUUCACAGGUCAAUCUCAAUGCACAAACAUGCGGAAAGACUCACUCCCGACGACGAUCCUCACAAGCUUAUCUAUUCGAACAAUUUCAAACGCUCGUUGUCGAUCCUCGAGGGCCAUCAGAAACGUAGACAGAAGCGAUAG